CUUCUCAACUGAUUAUACAAACCUACUAUCAAUCCAUCAAUCCAUCAAUCCAUCAAAUCAAAAAAUGUCAUCCAAUGCACUCUUACAAGAAGCUGUCCUUCGAGCUGCUCAUCAACAUGAUUCCAACCCGAAUCUCGAUUUACCAAGUUCACCCAAUAAAUCAUACUUGAACCAUAACCAUACCAAAGAAUCAUCUAAUUCAUCAUCAGAUACAGAAGAUUUAACCAUCACCACAGUCCAUACACCUGUUCAUCCAAGAUCACCUCAACCCGGUUGUACUCCCAUCAGUAGUCGACCUACUUCACCUACCUUUACAAACCAAUCUUCAAACCUAUCACCAAGUUCUAGUCCACAAAAAAACAAAUCCAAGAAUCGAGUUGGACUUAAAGCCAAAAGAGCUGCAGCUGCUAAACUUAAAGCUAAUUCUUUUGAUCCACUCUUGAGAUUGCCUCAACAAAUCAGUAUUAGAAUCUUUGAAUUGAUCGGUUUAGGUUCAGAUGGGACAGGCGGUUCUCAUGGUGAUAUCUUUUCAGGUGUAAGAGAUUUAAUGAAGUGUGGAUUAGUUUGUCAGAAAUGGAAAGAAAGUUCAACUAUAAAUUUCAUUUGGUUUAAACUUUAUAGUUCGAUUGGUUAUUCUUUACCAGAAGAAGCUUUUGCCACAGCUACCUGGACCCGUAAAGAUUCCAAGAUAGAUUGGUCAUCAAGAUAUCGACUUAAACAUGCAGUCAUCGAUGAUCAACCGGUGCAACCAAUCAAACCUCCAAAAGAAGGGAUGACAGCUAAUCAAUUGAAACAUAAAGAAUGGGACGAAGGACCCGAUGGAAAGUUUGCUAAUAAGUUGGAAGCUAGAGCUUAUUAUAAAGAGUUAGGUGGUAGGAAAUCUAAAAAUAAGAAUGUUAGAACUUACUCAGAUCGAACUGGUUGGGAUACUCUUGAGCAAGAUUAAAUUAGAUUCAUGUUAUGUAUCGUCAUCUUCUUCAAUUCAACAACUGAUCGAUUCACAUCUGUACCUUUCAACAAUUAGUCAUGUUUCUUACCUACACUAUAAUAUAUAUAUAUAUAUAAUCAUUAAAGCACCAUUAACUUAUUCAUUAAAGGUUCAUAAAUUUCUCGUUUUUCUUCAGCUAUGUCUUUCUGAUCUACAACUCGAUGCAAUCAUGUGUUGUAUAUCUACUAGAUUGUCAAGAUAUUCAUUUGCAUCCAUUCAUCACGU